UCCCUCAUCCGCCGUCCUCCCAUCGCUGCCAUCCCUCCGUGCCUUGGUGCCGGCGCAGGGCAGGGCGGCGAUGUGGCGGUGGCGCUAUGUGAGCGGCCCGCAGCUGCACGGCUUCCGACACUACAAGUACAGUGCUGUGGAUACAAAUCCUUUAUCUGUGUAUAUUAUGCAGCCCAUCUGGAAUAAAAUUAUUAAGAUAGUGCCUUUGUGGAUUGCUCCCAACCUGUUAACAUUCUCUGGAUUUGUCAUGAUUUUAUUUAAUUAUUUUCUAAUAUCUUUUUAUGACUGGGACUACACUGCCUCAGGUACCAGUCCUGGACUUGUUCCCACCUGGGUGUGGCUGUUCAGUGCUUUUACCACCUUUUGUGCUUAUGCUUUAGACUCCAUAGAUGGGAAACAUGCUCGAAGGACUCAGUCCAGCACUCCCCUGGGAGAACUAUUUGACCAUGGGCUGGAUAGCUGGGCUACCUCCAUUUUUGUGCUUUCCUUUUUUUCCGUCUGUUCCCGUGACAAUGGGAAGAGUGGAGUUUCUGUAUAUACAAUGUAUAUAUAUUUAAGCAUUGUUUUGUUUAACUUCAUGUGCUCACACUGGGAGAAAUAUAACACAGGAGUUCUUUUUCUUCCUUGGGGAUAUGAUAUAAGCCAAGUGGUGUUAAUAGCAGCAUAUCUGCUCACUGGUACUGUUGGUGUGGAGGUCUGGCAGAAGCCUUUGCUGUUUGGUUAUUAUAUUACAGAUGUAUUAGUUAUCCUGCUUAUCGGCUUCAGUUUGUUUCUGUCAUUUCCACAAACACUCUACAACAUUCACAGAGCACAUUUAAAGAAAACACUGAAGAAUGAUUCUCUGUAUGAAGGACUGCUACCUCUUGUGUCACCUCUGUUGCUGUUCAUUCUUCUUACAGCCUGGGUGGUUUUAUCUCCAAGCAACAUAUUAGCAAAGCAACCCAGACUGUUUUUAUGGAUGGUUGGGGUUGCUUUCUCAAAUGUUAUUUGCAAGGUGAUCAUCUGCCAGAUGAGCAGCACGCGGCCAGAGCUGUUCCACUGGUUCCUGUUCCCGCUGGCGCUGGUGGUGUACGCAGCCAUCUCGGGGCUGCUGGGCCCCAUGGAGGAAGCGGUUCUGGCCGUGUUCACCACCCUGGUCACGGCUGCCCACGUGCACUACGGCGUCUGCGUGGGUAGGCAGCUGAGCGAGCACUUGAACAUUUACAUCUUCUCCCUGAAGAAACGCGUCCAAGACUGAACACCUGCACUAUGAUCAGACUGGAACACUUAACAUGGAGAUUUGCAGCUCUUCUGAUGUGAUAAAUAGUUGGAAUGAAUCUGAUUAAAACAACCAAAGAAUAGAAAAGUACAGAUAUCUGGACCACUGCAACAAUGAGCUAUGCAGCCAGAUGCCUCAUCUCAGAGGAAGAUCCUGUCCAGCAGAGAACUUCACCAAGUUGUUCUGUUGAUAUUUAUUCUUCUUACCAAGCCAUGUUACUUGCCUCUCUUUUGUCUUCCUCUGCCUUACCACUGUGUCCAAAGUCCUGGAUAAAUGCAUGCUGGGUUACACAAGAUCCUUGGUGGUUUAUAACCAGCACCGGUUUUAUACAGCCCAGUCACCAGUGGGACUCCAGCAGUGCAAACCCUCCCUGUGCAUCCUUCCCACUCACACAUCUGUGCCUGCUUCAUUUGCCUUAUUUAAUUUUCUCACAGCUCAUUUCUUCCACACAACCUCCUGAAAGGCUUAUGCACAUUUAGUCUUUUCCUCACCUCAUUUGAAUGUGUGAAGACAAGAGAAUGAGCUCAGAAAGCUAUGGGUACAGUAAAGUGUUUUUGAAAUGUACAGUUUUUUCCCCAUUCUCAGCAUUGAGUCUCAGCUGACCUGUCAGAAAUGUAGGCCUAGCACAGCAGCAGCUGGCCCUUCUAUUUAUUUUCUAGGCAGUAACAAGCACAUUGUUUAUAUUUCAGUAGCAACAAACAAUAUAGCCUACAAAGGUAAACAGCUGAAAAUAAAUUUGGCCAGCAAACCUUCAAAGAUUUGCAUAUUUCUCUUCAAAGCUAGUUUCAGUCCAACAUCAUCUACCAGUACAAAAUGCUAAACAAGUCAUUAUUUGCCUGUAUGCUUGAAGCAAAUUCUUGUGGUUUUGGAAAAUGCCAUAGGAAAAAGAAACAAGAAUUUUUUUUAAAAAAAAACAUUACAUGUUUGCAUGCAGAUGUAAACUGCUCCCUUCAUCUAUAAUACACGAGGGUUUUCUGUGUGCCUUGGAGAGGGAGUAAGAAUUUGAGUUUCAUGUCUUUUCAUAAGCUGCCCUAGCCAGAGGGCUUUUGUGGCCUUGAAGCACUAAUUAAACAAUCUGUCCACUUCCCCAAGGUAAGCACAGAGGGAUGUGAUUGACAGCCUGGCACGUUUAUUAACUAUUUAACCAUCUCACUUGCCAGAAGCCAGAUGGAAGUGCAGUUUUUGAGCUGCUGAGCUGAGUCUUCAUCUUUUUCAGUUCUUAGACCAUUUCUGUGAGUUUAUCACUAGCCAGAUCAUUUUUGCACCCCAGUUAACUUACCCUUACAUCAGUAGCUCUUAUUAUAUUUUCAGCUGAGCCACUGGCAAGUUGUAUGAGCAGCUUCAGCUUAAGCUGGUACCUCCUGUUACAGCAGUUGCCCUAUGACAACACCAGCAGGGCCGAUUUCCCCAGGCAGCCCUUGGCACAGGCACCAGGGAACAAGCUUGCACAUCAGCUUCCCCUGCUCACAAAGCAGAAACAUUGGAAAGUCCCUUUAGGUUUGAAAGAAUCCAUGUUCCACCUACCAAACAAGCACACUGAGAGUCUCACCCUCCAAACAAACACCAGGUGAGUCACAGUUCAAGCAGCUCCAGGUGUGAGUCAGGCAGAGGGGACAGGUCAUGCUGUAAUGCAGAGUCAGAGGUUUUGCCAAGAGCCAGGCAGGGAAGGGAGGAUGCCCUUUGGCACUGCUGUGGUCCAGCACAGGAGGCAUCUCCCAGGCUUCCUCCCACCAGUGUGGCAGCCAUGCCCUUACCCUGUGUGAUGCCCAGAGAACAUGGGGUGUCCACAGAAGUGUCAGAAGUGUUCCCAACUACACAAAGACUCCCCUGGAGUAAGUCUGAAGUCUCUUUAUUUGAUGAGGUUUGCCAAAAAAGGUAGUUCUGACUGUAUUUGGAGGGGAGUGAUGAGUUUGAUGUUGCUGCACACACCCAGCAGUCUCAACAUUUGAUGAAGUUGAAUACUACAUCCAUACCUGAUACACUGCCACAAAAGUCCCACCUGCUUUUUAAGGGCACUUUGUAUUUCACCUUUCCAUCACAAGCAUUGAGGAAACUCUGGUGAGAAAAGAAUUGGGAAACAAUAAACAAAAAUAACUCUAAAUUGAAUGUGGUCAUAAGGAGAAACUCCACGGACAGGCUUCUUUUUUCCAUCUGUAUUGCACUUAUUUAGGAAACAGCUGGAAAUAAGGGUCACAGAAGCAGUGCAUUCUGAUGCACUGGAAUGGAGUAUUUGAAAUAUUCAUUAAAUGAAAUUAUAAAACUUGAACUACCACAACCUGCACUUGUACCUUACUAAAGAGAAACUGAGUAUCACUUUUAAAGGGCUUAAUCUCUGGCCAGUUUUUUCACCUUCUACAUGAAAACAUGGCAAAUAACUUUCUUUUUCCUCUUUAAAGCAAUUUAUCACUACAAUCUGUAUAAAGACAAGUAUAAAAAGAGAUCAUGUAUUGCACAGUGUGUCUAUUGAAUUAUUAGCUGUCAUAGAUGACAACUGGUUCAAUGAAUAGGAAGAAAAAUGCUUUUGCUCAUAGGGCUGUACGGUCACAGAUUUAUUUUGCAAAGUCAGGUAUGUAGAUGACCUAACAGUCUAACAAUACAUUUUUUGGGUCACAUUAUGGCAGAAAGUUUCAACUACCUGAAUAGGAAAAUAUAUAAUUUUUUUCAUGCUUCAGAGCAGUUGCACUAACCCAAGGAGAUGCCUUCCUCCUGGUUUUAUGAAAAGCAGCUAAACAAGAGCUGCUCUCCCAGGUUUGAACACCUGGGUUGGAAAUGGCUCCUCUGGUCUCUGCCUCAUCCUCCCCUCCUUUGUCAGAGGCCCAGGGAUACCUGGAGCAGUGAGGUGCAGGCUGGUGGCUCACAACAGAGUCACUUCAACACAGAGGAAAAGGGUCCCGAUCCAAGGCUCAGAACUCCUGCGCUUGAGCAGCAACUACUGCAGCUACAAAAGACCAGAGCUGUGAGAGCAACAAUGAAUUUUCCCCCUUCUCUCCCAACAAAACCUCAUACUUUAAUCUAAAAUCUAGGUGGCUUUUAGGUACUGUAUUGAAGAUUCAUCCCUGAAUACCUGGCCUGCGAGAAGCCCACUGGGAGCUUGGGUACCUUUUUGUAGUGCUCUCUUUGCCUCCUGGCUGCUGCCAGUUUUGCUUCAGACUGAUACCCAAGGGAGUUAGCACUCCAAAAUCUGAAUAUGCAUUUACCAUAAAGAAAAAUGUGCUGUUUACGUGCACAUACAUGCAUACAUGGAUUUUCUGGUUUGAUUUAUAAAAGGGAAUACAGUUGCUGAGCUCUUGGGGAAACAGAUGCUAUCCACACACACAGCAUAAAUGGACUUCUGGGUUUUUAAAGCAGCUGCCUUUUUCUUCCUGCUCCCAUAUGCAGCCCCUGAUGAAUCAAAAAUAUGCAUUUAAUC